AUGCUCGAACACCUUCUGGAGACGGGCUGGAGGUCGGGCGAGACAGCGUGGCGGCGGGGGCGGCGGCGGCGGGGGCGGGGCGGCGGCGACCUCCCUGACCUCCCUCUAAGGCGCUGUGACCUCGCUUCCAUGGACCUCUUCCUGGACGACUUCCUCCUGACCCACAUCGUGUUCAUGCCCUACGCCCAGCUGACCCAGGAGCUGCUCAGACACUACCGGAUCGACAGCCAGAGCAACAGCCAGGAUGACCUCUUCAUCGUCGCCUGCAAGAGGAGGGUCAUCCACUUCGUUCAUCGAUGGGUGAUGACCGUGAGGACCCCGGUGUUCACCAACCCCGCGGCGGCACAAUUCCUGCAGACGCUCCAAGAGGAAGUCGCCCAGGACAUGGAGUGCUUCGGCUCGGCGCUCCGGGAAGAGGCUGGCCUGAUGCUGAGUGUCGCCGACGCCCUCGAACGCCACGAGAGGGACGGCUCGGCUGCGGGCGUGAACAAGUGGAAGCUCCCCACCAGCGGCCGCCCCAUCAGCCUCUUCGGGGUGUCGUCCCACGAGGAUUGCGUGGAGCCGCACCGCAUGAUGAGGGCACAGGAUGACAGUAAGGACGGCAUCUUGGCACCGGCUAGUUCUGUGUCGCACCUUUUGAUGUCGUCUUUCGUAAUCUUCCGUGUCUACUGCGCCGACCACACUUAUUGCACCCUAAGAUUCCCCCUUCAGACGACCAGUGACACUAUCAAGCGAUCGGCAGCGGAUAAAUUGGGUCUGAGGCUGGAACAUCUGCUGCUGGUCGAACUCAAGUCGAAUGGCGAGGUGAUCACCCUCAGAGACAAGGAGGUCUGCCCCCCGACUGGCCUCACCCUCAACGGCCGCCUCUUCGUCUGCCACAAGGACCACCUCGACGCCCUGACCCCCAUCCCCGAGCAAGAGGGACCAUCUGAGGGCAGCAUCAACCAGCUGGAGAUGUACAGCAAGGAGUUGGCAUUUCACAUCACAGCACAUGACUGGGAUCUGUUCAGCGCUAUUCAUGAGUACGAAUUACCACAGUACCGCCUGUACGAGGUUGAAGCGGCGCGACCAUUCCACUUCGGUGAGGGAGUGCAUCUUGACGUGUCUCCCGGUCGCUUCAACGCUCAGUACUGGGUCGUCUCCGAGAUGUGCCUCACAUCGUGCGCGCUGUCCAAGACGGCGCAGCUGCUUCGGAAGUUCAUCAAGCUGGCGGCUUACUGCAAGGAAGAGCAGAAUCUGAACGCUUUCUUUGCCAUUGUCAUCGGCCUGAGCAACGUUGCCGUCACUCGCCUCACGCAGACCUGGGAGCGCCUCUCGUCCAAAUUUCGAAAGAUGUACACCGAAUUCGAAAUGUUGAUAGAUCCUUCGAGAAACCACAGAGCUUAUAGGAUCUACGUUGCCAAACUUCAGCCUCCUAUCUUGCCAUUUACGCCGCUUCUUAUGAAAGACAUGACCUUCACCCACGAGGGCAACCGAACGUUCCUCGAGGGUCUGGUGAACUUCGAGAAGAUGCACAUGCUGGCCCAGACACUCCGCACCAUCCGAUACUGCCGGUCGAAGCCCUGGGUACUAGCGCCGCCGGUCCCCAAGAACGAGAGCGAGAUCCGGGUCUACGUGAAGAACCUGCAGGUGAUUGACAACCAGCGGCGUCUGCUCUCCCUCUCGCAACGCCUCGAGCCCAAGCGACCGUAGGAGGGGACGCGGGAGACGUCCUUCGUACCCUGUGGGAUUCAUUCGAGAUCCUAGGGAGCUCCUUCGCACUCCUGGAAUGUCCUCUGGGAGCUGGGGACGACGGAGACGCCCUUUGUCCUCCCUGGGAUGUAUUCGAGAUCCUAGGGAGCUCCUUCGCUCUCCUAGAAUGUCGUCUGGGAGCUGGGGACGCGCUUCGUGUCGACGGGACGCCAUUUUGUAUUCCUGGGACGCUCUUGAAUAGCCCUGGGAUGUCUUUCGUAAUGGUGGGCGGGUUUUCCAGAGUCUGCGACGUCCCCCUCAUAUCCUCAGGACGUCCUUCACGCUACUGGAAAGUCCUUCAUGGCCGUGCGACGUCCCUUGGGUAGCCUCCAGUCGCCCUGGGAAAUUUUAGGACGCCCUUCUUCGCCUCGAGCUCAAGUGACAUCAGGACAAGGGAACGAGAUGGGUUUGGGACGCGCUUCACGUCCCUAAAACGCCCUUUGGAAACCCUAGGACGCCCUUCUUUUCUUCUUGGACGCCCCCAAGACUCCCUCCUUCGCAUCUCGCAUCGCCUCGUGUCCAAAGAUCCUAAGAUGGGGGAGCCAGAUUGUCUUAGGAUGUCUCUCGCUGCUCUGAGAUUGCUCUACAAAGAUCCUUCGCUGCUUCCGGGGCGUCCUAAGAAACUCUGGACGAUUUUGAGAUGUCCUUCGUUUCCCUGAAACUCCCCCCUCCCCCCUUGGUUACUUACAGACAGCUUAGGCACUCUCUGGCGCUCUUGGGACGUCCUCCAUUCCCCCUGAGACGUCCUUGGCUACCCAGAGGCGCCCAGAGGACUCUCUUGACACCUUGCCAAGACACCCUCAGAAUGUCUUUCACAAUUCUGAAAAAAAGAACUUUCAAAUAUGGACAAAAGGAGAAAGAGAUCAGAAGAAAAAAGCAAAGAGUUCAGAAGAAGAAAAAGAAAGAGGUCAGAAGAAGAAAAAAAAGAGGUCAGAAGAAAAAUUAAGGGAAGGAGGUUGGUCGCUUUCCUCUUUGUGAAUCAGAUAUUAUCAGUUA